ACUUAGUGAGGCAGGAGCCGCCGUGGCGCCAACACCGCCGACCCGACACUCCCGGGCUCCACGCCUAGCGUACCGUCCACUCCUGCGGCAACUGCCAGCGAUUCCAUGGUGUUUUCCGGUAUAUAAUUGUUACGAGCGUCGCCAGAGAUGGGUUGCUGCGGUGGAGUGUGGUUGCUGGCGUGUGGUUGCUGGCUCCUCACUCUCCACGACUCCCUCGGACACCAGCAGGAAAAUGAUCGUUCGAAACUGAUUGCAAAAUGGCCUCUUCUGUCCGAACGACCUUCAGGGAAAGAGGACAACCGCCCGCCGCUCCUGGACCAAGAUGGCGGCCACCACGCCCGCGUCCUCUCUCAGCUGUUGAUGAUAUAUCCUCGGUGGCUGGAGGAACGAGGACUGUGGCCACAAAAGCCUAUUGCAACUCCAUUCACUCACCAGGGCAAUAUUAUGUGGCCGUCAUGGGCUGUGGAGGCUGGCAGAAGCUGGAGAGAGUGUGAGGGAGUCAGUGUAGGCACCGAUCAGGGUGACGAAGCAAUCAGGAACAACGGCCAGGGUGAAAGGGCCAAUACGAGCACCAAUCAGGGUGACGGAACCAGCAGAAGCAGUCUCAACCAGAAUGUUGGAGGCAGCAUGAACAGCGGCCAGGGUGACGGGGCCAUUAUGAAUAGCGGCCAGGGUGAGGGAGACAUUAUGAACAGCGGCCAGGGUGAGGGAGACAUUAUGAACAGCGGGCAGGAUGACGGGGCCAUUAUGAACAGCGGGCAGGAUGACGGGUCCAUCAGGAACAGCGGCCAGGGUGACGGGUCCAUCAGGAACAGCGGCCAGGGUGACGGAGAGAGGUGGCCCUGGGCAGGCCCUGGGCAGCCACGACAUAAAACAACCAAGCGAGGCAUAGGACUCUUCUCCCUAGCCUAUGCCCUGGCCCAGAAGCCGAUCCGCCCUCCUCGGCCGAUGUUGAAUCCAGUAGAUUUCUCUGCAUAUCAACGUCGCGCCAGAUUCUUCAUGGCUACCAAGGGUUAAAUUUAACUUCUCAUUCAUCUCUUUAUUGUAUCAAGGUCCUCUCCUACUUCCCUUGAGUCUCUCCACACCAUAAUAGUACACUGGUCCCCGCUGUCUUGUGUUCUAUGUACCUUAAGAUGAUUCAGAAAACAGGUAGUAGCAAGGCUUUGUUCUGUGUAUCACUAAAGGUCAGGAUUGUGAUAGGUGUCAAAAUGUGCUUGUAAGUUAUUUCCUUUUCCAUUUGUUCUGUCUUUUCAACACCUUGCCCUAGUGUCCAUAUCCCUCCUUUUUUUCAGGUCUCCUCCCCCUUCCCUUGUCUCCACUUUCCUUCACUCCCUUUUUUUCACUUGUCUCCUCAUUUGUUUCUUACUCCUGUGUCUCAAAUUCCUCCCUUUAAUCCUUUUUUUUCUCCCUUAUCCUAAUCAUUUUGGAUAUUACCUGUUAUCUUUCUAUCCCAGGGUUUUUUCUUGUACAUUAUAUUUGAAGGAAGAGUUCUUCAGAGCUUUGUAAUUCUCACUUUGUUUUACAUUUUUUUCAAACGAGUCUCAUUCUGUGGAAUACUUUACCAAAUUCAUAUUUUACAUAUGGCACAUUAAUUUUAUACUUCAUUUCCCUCUCCACACUACAUGAAAGUCAUUAGGUGGCAUUAAGCAACCCUAUCCACAGACCACACACCCGUCCUGUUGGCUAGUGCCUUCACUGUGUGAUGAGGGCAUGAAGGGGUUGACAGUGACUGUUUACCAUCGUGGCAUCUCAGCAAGGUGUAGACUGGGUUGUGUCCUCUAUCCUGCAGUCAAUCUUGCUUAUGAGAGUUCAUUGUCCAAUGGCUAGAGCAGCACGUACAACAUCCCUGCACGUGUAUACUCAAACCCCACCUAGUUCACGGAUGAUUCAGUGAAUAAUUGAAUAUAUAUAUAUACAGUAUAUACACAGUUUAUAUUCAAUACAAAAUACAAUACUGUACUAAGUGCUAGAGAUUAAAGAAUGGCAUCUUUCAUUCCAGUGAGAGACUUGUUUUUUUUAAUGUGUAUCAAUUAUUAUAUAAAAUACUUUCAUGUGAAGGUCUCUGCAUUACCUUUCACUUUAUUUUCAUUUUUUAAUAUGCUUCAUUAUAAAAUGAGGGUUUAUUAACAUUGCCUGAUGAUGUCUACUCCUACAUGUAAAAUAAUGCUUGUACCUCCAUGUUUGAAGCAUAGGUAGUCUGAGAAAUAGGUUGUGUUGUGCUUGGCAGCAAGAGAGAUUUAUAUUAAGAAACGAAUUACAAUUACUGUACAAUUACACUUCCAAAUAAAAAUCUAAGCAA